UCCUAGCUUCCUUCUUCCUUCACACACACAAACUCUCUCUCUCUCUCUCUCCCUCUCUCUCUCUCUCUGAUAUACUUUUCUUCCUUUCUGUCCGUGCUAAACCCUGAGACCAUCAUGUCAUAGUUGGGCCCGUAUUCACCGUGAUUUACUCCCUCUCCUACUUGUAGGGCCAGGUUGAGGGGGCCGCUGGGUUGACGGUUCCAACCUUUUGCAGCAUGAUCUACUUUUCUUCCAUUUCCUUCUCUAUCUCACAUUCGAUUCUGCUAUGAUUUACUCUGUGUGAGACUAUUUCAAGGGGUUGCGCCUUUUUCGUUCACAAAGUUAGCGCAGAGUGGUUAACUGUUCGGGUCGGUUGGAUGGAGGGCAACAGUGGCAGGCCGGAUCAGAGGAAGCCAUCAGCCGUGCCAGAUGGGAGCUCCGCUGAUUGGAGGAUCCAGCUCCAGCCCGAUGCGCGGCGGAGAAUCGCCAAUAAGAUAAUGGAUGUUUUAAAGAGGCAUCUGCCAAUCCAUUCGCCCGAAGGCCUAAUUGAACUUCAGAAAAUUGCUAUUCGGUUUGAGGAGAAGAUAUAUGCUGAAGCUGCCAAUCAGUCUGAUUAUUUGAGAAAAAUUUCUAUAAAAAUGCUGUCAAUGGAGCGUAAGCCUCAACAUCAGCAUCUCGGAGGACCUGGACAAAUGAUUCCAUCUAGGUCCAACAAUCUGUAUGGUAACCAUCCUGUAGACCCAGAGAUGGCUUCUGAUUCUGACAACGAGCACGAUGAGUUCUCCGAGGAGCACGACUCAAGCGAUGAUACAUCACAUGAUAGUCUGCAAAGCGAAUCCUGGAAUUCUGGUUUGACUGGGGACAUGAUUGCUAGAAAGCGCGAUGCGUCUGAAUUUGCAUCAGGGUCCAGUCACAGGAAGAAAGAUAAAAAGAUCGCUCAUUUGUCAUCCUCCGUGCAGCUACUUGCAGAAACAAUCUCUCUCAGGACUUCAGCAAAGCAAGAGCUGCAGGAUGCCCAAAAACAUUCUCAGGAGAAUGCUCAAAAUGAGGCGGACGCGUAUUCGAUUGCCUCAUGCAUGGACAUUCUUAAUAUCAUACCGGACGUUUCUAUCGAAGCCUACAUAGCUGCGUGUGAUCGGUUCCGAGAUCCAGCAUGGAGAAACAUGUUUGUCAAGAUGCCGGAUCAUAGGAGACUGCAGUGGCUGGAGUGGUUGGCUCACCAUCAGACCCCAUAGCUCAUGUUGGACCUGUAAUGAAGAACUAUGUUUCAUUUCAUGUUGGACCUGUAAUGAAGAACUAUGUUUCAUUUUGCAGUUUGUCAUAGACUCGAGUUAACUAAAUAAUAUGUUUACUUUAUAAA